AUGAGGAUAUUUGUGUGGCAUUUCUGUCGGAACAAUCUCCCUGUGAGAUACAAACUCCGAGAUAAGGGAGUGAUUCUCCCUAUUACAUGUCCCAUGUGCAACACGGAUGUUGAACACCUUCUACAUGUUUUCUUUGACUGCUGCUUUGCUCAAAGUUGUUGGCAACAUGUGGGGCUUAAUUACGACAUGAGUGAGGUUUAUUCUGCCCCUGAGUGGCUCUUGAACAAGCUACAGGAGUCCGCACAAGAUGAGAUUCUUAAAAUCUGUACCACUUUGCAUGGGAUCUGGUUUUGGAGAAAUAAGAAGAUCUGGGGGAACAAGACGACAACAGGAGCCAUAGCUAUGGGAAAUAGUUUUUUGCAUGUUAAAGAAUGGAAAGAUGCCAAAAUAAACAAUUCUGGAAGUGAGAAGCAGCAACACUCUGAUACAAACUACAACUUGCAAAAGUGGACUCCUCCGGAGGUUGGCAUGUACAAGGUAAAUGUGGACGCAUCAUGGUUUCCAGGAGCCGAAACGUUCUCUAUUGGAAUGGUUUUGAGAGACAGUGCAGGUUGUUUUAUAGAGGGUAGAAGCCUGACUCUACAAGACACAGAAGAUGUCCUUGAAGCUGAGAGCAUUGGUGUGAGGGAAGCCCUAUCUUGGGUGAUGAGUCGUACAGAACGGAAGGUAAUAGUGGAGACGGACUCGAAAUCAACAGCUGAUGCGAUAAAUGGCCAACUAGAGUACGUGACAAAGGUUGGGCAUUCUAUCGAUCAAUGCAUUCAUUUUCUCCGCCUAAUGCCAGACGUUAGUGUCAAACAUAUUCGAAAGCAAGCAAACAGGGUAGCUCAUGGAUUAGCUAGAUUGCCUUGUAUGAUUAACUGCUUUAAUGUUUUUACAUUUCCUCCUACUCACCUGGUGGAAAUUUGUAUGCUUGAUGUCUCUUUUGAAUGA